AUGGGUGGCAUCGGGGCAGUUUUAGAAGGGUUGCUGACCACCCGCAGUUACAACGAAGCGAUUGAACGCACUUUUCUCGUCGGGCCCCUCUUUCCUGGUGCCGACUUAGGAGAAUUGGAUGCCGUGCUGUAUCGCGCGAGCGAAGGGAUAGCAGACACACCCUACGCGAAAGCUCUCAGCGAGAUUGAGCAGGUUUAUCAUGUAGAAAUCGUUUACGGACAGCGGAAGUUUGUGGAUAAAAAUAAGAACGUUACAACCCUCACAGACGUAAUCUUGGUGAACGUAUCGAAUAGCAACGAAGUUCAGACGAGUCAAUUUAAGGGGCGUCUCUAUGAGGAUUUUGACAUCGAAUCAAGUCGGUACGAGAGUGAAUGGGAGUAUGAAGAAUAUGUCCGGCUUGCUGAACCGGCAUACGAUGCCUUACAGGCCCUUAUCGGUGGAAAGACGAAUACCCCGGUGUUCGUCAUCUCGCACGAGUUUAUGGGAAUGCCGUUUGCGUUCAAAACACUGAUUGAGCGCAAGAGCAACGAAGAUGCUGCGAAUAUGCGCACUGUCUUUUAUGCCCAUGAAGUGGCAACGAUACGUCCGAUUGUUGAGGGACAUCCCGGACAUGAUAUACGCUUUUACAACGUAUUGGAGCAGGCGAAAGCACACGGACAAUCGAUCCGUGAGGUCUUCGACGAUCCGUUUUGGUAUUUCAAGCACGCGUUGAUUGACAAAGCACAUCUCUGUGAUGCAAUCUUCGCAGUUGGGGAUCUCGUUGUAGAUGAGCUGCGAUUCUUGGCAAAGCCGUUUGAGGAGUUCCCAAUUAACCUUGUUUACAACGGCAUCCCGGCGUUUGAGGUGAGCCUACAGGAGAAAUUAACGUCAAAGGCACUACUGCAAAAAUACGCGAAGACACUUCUGGAUUAUCGUCCGGAUUACGUCUUCACACAUGUAACGCGGCUCGUCAAAAGUAAGGGAUUGUGGCGCGAUUUACAGGUGCUAAUGCACUUGGAUGACCUGCUCGCCUCUAAUGAUAAAACAGCCGUGUUGUUUAUUCUCUCGACAGAAAUUGCGACAGGUCGUCCCCACGAAAGUAUUCAUGAGAUGGAGGAAACGUAUGGCUGGCCCGUGUACCACAAAAUCGGUUAUCCCGACCUCGUUGGUGCAGAAAUUGAACUGAACAAUGGCGUUUCAGCCUUCAAUCUGCAGUCUAAGGCGAUUAAGGUCGUUUUCGUCAAUCAGUUUGGGUGGAGUCAAGCCGCUUGCGGGAAACGGAUGCCGAUAGAAAUGGAAUUUAUGGACAUCCGCAAAGGGAGCGACGCGGAAUUCGGGCAGUCCAUUUAUGAACCGUUCGGGAUUGCGCAGGUAGAACCUCUGAGUUUCGGCGCGAUUUGCGUCGUUAGCAAUGUAUGUGGGUGUUGCGGUUUCAUUCAGCGUGCUACCGAUAACCGUGAUGUCCCAAAUAUCGUUAUUGCGGACUAUACGCAGCUGAAUAUCCCUCCAAAGUCGUUAGAAGAUGUAAUUCAUAUCGGGUUGGCGGAGCGGAAUGCGAUUGAAAUGGAGAAUAGCAGAGACAUCGCAGCGAAACUCUUGGGACGCUUGCCUCGCAAACCUCGUGAUGUAGAAGAUAUGCUUCGAGAAGGUUACGAUAUUGCUUCCCGCAUGAGUUGGGAAGUCGUCGUUAAGGAUUAUUUUCUGCCUGGAUUGAAAAGGGCACUUUAA